AUGGCUUCUAUCACAGUUGAUGAGCUUCAUGCGUAUCAUGCCAUUGAUCGAGAGGUAUUUUCUCGGUUGGUAAUAAGUCUUAGGCGAGACCCUGCAGAAUCUCUGCUGGUCAUAGCUUUGUGGCUAUGGCUGGAAGACAAGGGUUAUCCUAAUGUCAUAUCAAAAAUGACGAGCCUGGAGAAUCCUAUGUUGAAUUCCCUGGCUGAUGAAGCGGCUCUAUGCUUGAACUCUCUAGAAUCCACUGUCCUUCCAAUCGCACCUAAGCGUGGCACCCUCCCCCACACUGCCAGACUCCUUGGAAAGGAGAUUUGUUUGGAAACGUUUCUCCAAAAUAAAUUCGCUGCGAUAAGCGGGAUAAAGAAUUUUCUGAACACAAUUUGUGCUCGUAUUUUCACUGAUAUUUUGCAGUUUGUUUUAGCAGGUGCAUCACAAGUGAUUGCAAACCAACCACUUGUUGUUCCUGGUUUUCCUCAUCCCGUAUUUGGUGAUGUCACUAUACUGGCAAGGUCCGUUGACAAUGAUUUUCCUGUAGGAGGACUCUGGGGUUGGGACCCUACUCUUACUGUUCCUGAGGAUGACAGGACAAUGUUUCUUACUUUCUCAAGGGGUUUUCCUGUUACGAAAGAGGAAGUGACAGAACUUUUUACAAGUAUCUGUGGUGAUUGUGUUGUUAAUGUUCAAUUGCAGCAAAAUUCUCAAUCUAAUGAACAACCUUUGUAUGCUAAAAUGGUUAUGCGUACUGUCACGGCUGUUGAUCAAGUCCUGAGUGGGCGACAUGUAGCAAAAUUCCGGAUCAAUGGCAAGCACAUAUGGGCUCGGAAGUAUGAACGCAGGGAGUAG